UCCGCCGACUCACGAGCUCUCAGAAAUCCCACCACCUGCCCACCUCCUACCCCCGUCCUCCUAAAGCCCUAAUUUCUUCCCCAAAUUGCACGUAAUUUGUCGAAUUCUGAGAAGAACUCGGCAAAAUCCUAGCUCCAAAUCAUGGCUUCCCCCUCCAAAGGCGACGCCUUUCUCCUUCUCCUUCUCUCCCUCCCUCUCGUCGCCACCCUUGGCGGCGAAGAAUCUCCCCUCGAUCGCCACGAGUCCCAGCUUCGCCGCCUCGAAACCCUUGUCCAAUCCCUCUCCGCCACCGUCUCCCGCCUCGAAUCCUCCCUCUCCCACUGCUCCCCACCGCGAUUCGACGCCGCGACAUCGGCGGUGGAGGACGGCGGUCGGCCGCCCGGUGUGGCGGUGACCAAGCACAAGCCGUUGUGGUCGGAGAGAUUCCAUUUCGCUGCCGCCGCCCGGCUGGAGUCCGACCCCACCGUCGUAGCUGCUCUCCCCUACCUUGACCUCGAGGGCGUCAGCAAGUACUUCGCUGUGGGGGACGCCCGCGGGCGGACCUACGUCUUCUCCGCCGCCGGCGACGUCGUCAUGGAGCUCCCUGCGCCGCCAUCUGGCGCCACCGUCACCGCCAUGCUCUGCUACUUCUCCUCCCGGCGGAAUGAGAGCUUCCUCUUCACCGGCCACGGUGACGGAUCCAUCGUCGCGCACCGGCUCUGGAAAUCGGCUGCCGAUGGCGAUGGGUGGCUGACGCUCAACCUCGGCAGCUCCCGGCCGUUCGUCCGUGGAGGCCGGGAGCUGGACUCGCCGCCGGUGACCGGCCUCGAGGUCCACCAAAUUGGGCGAACAAGGUACAUACUUGCAUCAGAUAUCAGCGGGAGGAUCAGGGUCUUCACUGAGAAUGGCUCUCUCUACGGCACUGCCAUUGCCUCGAGCCGGCCGCUUGCAUUUGUGAAGCAGAGGCUUCUCUUUCUCACUGAAACGGGUGCCGGCUCAUUGGAUUUGAGGACGAUGGCGGUGAGGGAGACCGAAUGCGAGGGGAUGAAUGGUUCCAUUGCCAAAAGUUACUCCUUUGAUGUCUCCGAGAGGUCGAAAGCUUACGGCAUUACCGCCGGAGGUGACCUCAUUUAUGUCCUGCUACUCGGGGACUCCUCCAAUCUCAAAUGCCGGGUCCGGGCUAUAAGGAGGUCGGAGAUCGAUCGGCCGGUCUCGAUACAAACCAUCAAAGGGUAUCUUCUUGUUGCGAGCGAGGAGAAGGCCUUUGUGUACAACAUAUCUUCUCCAUAUCAUGGUAGGGUUGGAGCCCCUAGGCCUCUAUUCUUCACGGCGCUUCAAGAGAUCAAGUCUCUCUUCUUGAAUUCUCCUGCUGCUGUGAAUGAGUUGUCAUCUGGGAUGCCUUUGAUAGCCGCCGACCGUGAAAAGCUCAUGGUUUUGGGGCUCAGAGAUGGCUACAUCGGGAUAUACCGGUCUAAUUUCCCAGUGUUUAAGUUGGAGAGCAAUGCUGUUAUCUGGAGUGGUCCUGCUUUGGUGUUCCUCCUGUUUCUGAUAUUGAUAUGGCAGUUUUAUGUGAAGAAGAAGGACUCUUUGGGGUGGAUGCCGGAGGAGUCAUUGGAUUCCUCUUCGGCAUCGGCUUCAGGCAGUCGUCUGGUUCCUGGGACUGGUGACAGAGGGUAUGUGGAUGCUUCAAGGGAUGCUGGUCUUGGGGAGCUGAGAGGAGGUGGGCGUCGAGCUCCGGCGAGAAGAUAUGUGUCUCCUCCUCCUCCUCGUUACGCCGGAAGAGCAGGGAUUUCUUUUAGGACAAGCUCAGGGGAUCCCAGUUACAGGGGUCCUGCAGACUUGAAAUAUAGAGGACAGAAUUUAGACACUACUGGGCUUCCCAAAAGAAGAGAGCCCCUGUUUUCUAACAGUCAGAUUACAGGUGAUCGCAUAGAUUGAUGUUUACCUAAUAAACUGGUGACUAGUUUUAUUUUCCUUGCUCGCAGUCAGAUUACAAGUGCUUCCCAAAUUUUUGACCUUGGCCAAUUGAGCUUUCAUCUUCUAAGGGUUGUAAAACCCUCGAGCAUUUUGUUGUAACACGAGUUUUAGAUGAAGAAAUUACACUGCACAAAUAAGGAAUAAAUCAGACAGGUGAGUAGUUUAUUUUCCUUGCUUACAUAGAGUGAUGGGUAACUUUGUGUUGCCUCAGCUUGUAUUGCAUAACAUUUAUGAACGGAAUACAUGAACAUAUGAAGGGUUACAAUUU